AUGCAGCUCUUCAUCUACAGUUGGUGGGAGCUUCAUUUCCAUGAGUACCGGUGCCACACCGGGGUAACAGGCGUAACUGAGGGGCAGCUGGUGGUACGUGCAGCAGCAGCAGCAGCAGCAGCAGCAGCAGCAGAGGCUGCAGCAGCACCAGUGGCACGAACAGCAGCACCUGGAACAGCAUCAGCAGGAGCAGCAUCAGUUACAGCCACUAGCAGCAACAGCAGCAGCACCACCACCACCACCAUCAGUAGCACCACCGGCACCAGCAACAGCAGCAGCAACAGCAGCAGCAACAGCAGCAGCAGCAUGCAUGUUGUGAAGACGGCGCCAGACUAUUUAUUGUCUCUACCUCUGCAGGCCUUCUUUGCAUUUCCUUUUUAUUUGCUGCUGAUGGGGAUGCUCUUUUCAGAUGUUUUAAAUGGCAGCAGACUCGCAGCAAACCCAGCAAAAGCCGUCUCGCAGCUCUUGGGUUGUUUAGUUCACGUCAUAAUGCAUAUUCCUCUCUACUCCUCCAGUAAGCAAAAAGAAAAUAAACCAGCAGCAGCAGCAGCAGCAGCAAAAGCAGCAGUAGAGGCAGAGGCAGUAGCAGCAGCAGCAGAAGCAGCAGCAGUAUCAGCAGCAGCGGAAGUAGCAACAGGAACUGUGGGAUGGAUAACAGCUACAACUCAAGGGCUGCUUUACUGUGUUCAACAUGGGCCCCUGCCUGCUGUUGCUGCUGCUGCUGCUGCUGCUGCUGUUGGUGCUGCAGCAAUGAUAUCUGAGCAUCCGGUGUUGUGUUACUUGACGAUAAUUUGCAACACCUCCAUCAUCGCUCUGCGCCUCAACCUCUCCGCUACCUGCAGGGCAAGUCUCCUCUUCAGCUAG